AUGGUGUGUGGUCCUGGUAAUUGCAAGUCCGUAGCAUUCAAAACAACGACUCAAUUCGUCUUCAGUGUAAACUCUAUUCCAACACAAGGUGGAGUGAUCACAUUCGUUGGAAAGUUCUUCCAACCUGGCGACUUCUUCUCUCAAUUCACUCUUGCUGGUGUUGAUGUACCACUUGAUGGUGCCUUAACAAUUGAUCCAUCUGGAUCCAAAGUCCUAGUCAACAUGAAUGACAACUAUUCUGGCUACAACCUAGCCGCCUACAUCUACAUCAAUGGAAACCCAUGUGAAAACAGAGGUUGGAAUGGACUAUAUUCCUUUGUUGCCCCAACAAUCAAGGCAAUCAACAUUGUUGAUAGUUAUAGUUAUGGUAUAGAAGGAACAAGUUUUGGAAAGGAUGGAGCAAAGUUGAAGGUUACUAUUAAUGGAGUAACAGUUGAUAGAGACCCCAAUGUACUCCUCAAUCAUACCUAUAUUGCCAUUCCAGUCACCCCCGAUUUGGCAUACCCAGGUGUAAAGUCAAUUGUCAUCACAGUUGGUGAAAAUGUUGGAUCAGCCUUCAGUUACAACUUUGCUCCAUUAGUGACUGCUGUUACCUCAGUACCUACAUCCGGUGGAACAAUUACUAUAACCGGUGCAUUAUUGAACCUUCUAAAGAGUGAUGGUUCUGCGGCUCAAUCAUAUGUCAAUGUUGGAGGUAUCAACUGUAUCAACCCAACUAGUGUGGGUACCGACAAUACCAAGCUAACAUGUAAGAUGCCCGAAGGAUCUGGCAAGGACAAGCAAGUCAUCGUGAAUAUCAAUGGCGUAAACUCGACCAAUAAUGUCCUGUUCUCAUAUGGUAUCCCUCAGAUCACAUCCAAUAUCCAGAAUGGUGCUGCCGUGACCCUUGUCGGAAGUAGUUUCGGUGAUGUCAACACCGGUAUCAUAUUUGCUGAUGGAACCGUCCUCCAUCCAAGCCUGGUUUAUGACAAUGCUGAGAAGGCUGUCUUCACCAUGCCAUCCACCUUGAGGAAUGGCAACAUCUAUGUUACUGUUAGCGCCCAGAAGUCCCAGCCAUACCGUCUGAGCAUGAUCCCCUCUGUCGACUCAAUCUCAUCUUCCCCUACGAUGGGAUCGACCAUCACCAUCUCUGGUCAAUUCCUUUCGACUACAGACAUCACAGGUGCACCACAAGCAGUAGUGAUCAACACAACAGUAUUGCAAUGCGCCAAUCCAAGGAACCCAGAUACCACCUACGCCCAACUACUUUGUGAUAUACCAGCAGGUGUUGGAGCUAAUCAUCCCACCACCAUCACAAUUGAUGGUGUGUCAUCUUUGGGUGGCCAUACAUUCUCCUUCAAUGCACCAUUGCUGCAGUCAGCCAAACAGAAUGGUAGUACUCUCUAUCUCUUUGGUGAUAACUUUGGUCCAGAUGCUUCAUCCCUCGUUCUCCACGCUGGCAACAUGACUUAUGACUCAGUUACCGUCACCAACUCAUCAGUGAUCGAAUUGGCCAUGGGUAAAGAGACUGCUAUCGAUAUCUAUGAUGUCACAGUGGCCAUUGACAAUCAGGUAUCUAGCGAGAUACAAGUGUUGAUCCUUCCAUCAAUCACAUCAAUUACCAAAGUUCAAACAACUGGAGGUAUUGUCACAAUAGUAGGAUCAAUGUUACACUUUAAGAGGACACCAGGAUUCAACGAAACCAUCAGUGAUGUUAUUGAUGAAUCGAAAUAUUCAAUUGCACUUGGUGAUAAGUAUUCUUGUCACAAUGUUGUCCUACUUGACAACACCACCAUACUUUGUAAUGUCAUUCCAGGAGUUGGCAAGGACUUCCCAGUCAAUCUAAGUAUCAGCAACUUGACCACCUCAAUCUUUGAUCCAAUCGUAUACUUUAGUUAUGAGGCUCCAACGGUCUCUGAGAUAUUACAGACAUGUACUCAAAAUGGUGGCACUAUUACCAUUCGUGGAUCAUCACUUGGUGUACCUAUUAAUAUUACAGUUGGUCAAUUGGAUUGUAACAAUCCUGUUAUAAGUGAUGCUUACAACACUGAUGUUGUUUGUGAUCUCCCUGCUUGGCCAUUCGGAGAUGAAACUGUUCCCGAAGGUACACUCUUUGUCAAUGUCACUGUUGGUGGACAGACAGGUAGCAAUGAGAUAUUCAAAUAUGAUUUGACCGAUUUACUCAACCAAAGAGCGGCUGAGGCGAAUAGACAGAGGAUGAAGUGGUUGAUUCCAGCCAUUGUUGUUCCAUCAGUGGUGGGAUUGGCAGCACUUGUUGGACUGACAGUGUUCCUUGUGAAGAGACAUAUGAGAGACAAGGAGCUGAGAAAGAUGUUUAGAAAGUAA